AUGGCGGCAAGGAAUCGGUUAACUACAGCACCGACGGAGGUACUAAACGUGGGCAUCCAACAAGCCCCGCAGUCCCCACGAUUCGAUCGAGGGAUCCCCAGUGCAACAGGUGCUCCGGAACAAGCUGUCUGGUCGGAAUUGUUCAACUGUUACGAUACUCCCGAUCAAUAUCGGCGACCACGAACAUGGCAUCAUGUCCCAAACCUUGCAGACCAGACCCAUAACCCGCAGGAAACACAAGGGACAACGGAUACACAGCCUCCAGGACCGCAGCCUCUAGUUCCAAAUGGAAUGAAUCAUCUCUCCGCCCCCGAUAUAACCCGAAGAAUGGCUAGACGUUUAACUCCGUCUCCCCUCGGUUGUCAACGUCCACCACCAGAGAAAUUUAACUCCUUGCAACAUGGCUCGGAAACAUGGUCAAACUAUGCCUCAGCUUAUCUACAAGUCAUGAAUAAUGCAAAUAAUAUGGAACGUCCCGUCACUUUUGUCCCAGAGACUAUGUCCACUCAGAAACCGAGUCCAAACGCACAAGCCCUAUUUUACCAGCCAAUGCAGAACGAACUGUCUGCACAGUCCAUGCCCACAAGCCCGACUCGGUUUAUUCGAACGGCCAGAUACGCCAACCUACAAGUGGAUGCACAACGUCAGGAGACACAACCACCGACAAUGAAACUCAAUACUUCGUGUAACACCGCUCCGAAUUCACCCUACCCGGAAGCUGUGUCACUUCAAAAGAAAGUACUAUCGCCUACAGCUGAAUGUAAUCACUUCUCGGGAGACGCGAGUGUGACAGACUACGGCGGUCGACAAACACCACUAGAUAAUAUCGUGCACGAAAUAGUCACCCGGUUGCAGACAAAUCCACAGCUGCCUCUUGUUGUGAUGCCAACCAGCGGGGCCAAUGCGACUGCUUCGAUAACACAAUCCACUUCCUCGGACCCGCCAUCACGUAAUUCACCAGCCCCGCUGAUUUUCCAACUUCCACAUCCGGAUUCGGCAUUCGUGUGUCUGCCGGCCGUGUCCGAACAGAUGCCCCGAGUUGUUACUGCACCUAAAAGUGGCACUCUCGUCGUUAUCCCGGCCUCUCCGACUCCCGCUGGCGAGGAGGGAAAAACAUCACAACCUCAACAACCGCUCGUGUUGACCGGACCGAGACCUGGCUAUUUCCUGAUGAUCACAUCCGAAAAUCGAUUUGAUUACGUUCCAAUUAAUUAUCGAUCAGAACAGAAACCAUGA